CCAGAGCCCGUGGGCAGCACCAGCACUGGUUCUCUGCGAGGUGGUGCCGCGGGGAGGUGGAAACUGCACUUGAAGGACCGGGCAGAUUUCCAGUAUUCCCAACGGGAACUGGACAACAUCGAAGUGUUCGUCACCAAAAGCAGCAGAGGGAACCGCGUUGGCUGCAUGUAUGUCCGCUGCGUGCCAGGUGCCAGGUACACGGUGCUUUUCUCGCAUGGCAACGCCGUGGACCUGGGGCAGAUGAGCAGCUUCUACAUUGGGCUGGGCACCCGCAUCAACUGCAACAUCUUCUCCUACGACUACUCGGGCUACGGCGUGAGCACGGGCAAACCCUCGGAGAGGAAUCUCUACUCCGACAUCGAUGCUGCAUGGCAGGCGCUGCGGACGCGGUAUGGGAUCAGCCCGGAGAACAUUAUUUUAUAUGGACAAAGCAUCGGCACGGUGCCCACGGUUGAUCUGGCCUCCCGCUACGAGUGCGCUGCCAUCGUGCUCCACUCCCCACUCACCUCUGGCAUGAGAGUCGCCUUCCCCGAGACCAAGAAGACUUACUGGUUCGAUGCCUUCCCCAACAUCGAGAAGAUCUCCAAAAUCACCUCUCCUGUCCUCAUCAUCCACGGCACGGAGGACGAAGUCAUCGACUUCUCCCACGGCCUGGCACUCUUUGAACGCUGCCCCAAGGCUGUGGAGCCGCUGUGGGUGGACGGGGCCGGGCACAAUGACAUUGAACUCUACAGCCAGUACCUCGAGCGCCUUCGGAAAUUCAUCUCCCAGGAGCUGGCCAGCCAACGCAACUAGCUGUGGGGCAGGGGGACGGGCAGGGGAUUUCUACCUGUUUCUCCAGUUCUCCCAGUGUCCCUCCCCAGUCCUUGCUGCUGGAGGUGCAAUGAGCUUGUACAACCUCAGCUCCAGGCUCGGGAGAGGGCAGGAGGCCCUGGAGUGGGACGGUGCGUUUCCUCUUGGACACGAACACAACUCUCCUCCCUCCCGGUGUCAGCC